AUGGUGACGCUGGAGAGACAGAUUGCGCCAGGAACAGACUGGAACAGGGGCACUAGGGGUAGCAUCCCGAACUGCAGUCCUCGAGAGGGGACACCCAACGAACAGCUACAGACUCCACAAAUGAAAGACACCCCCGAGAGUCUACCGAGAGGGGGGGAGGAUGAUAGACUCACAUGGACGGAUUUUUUGGAAUCGACACGGCCUUCCCAACCGACUACGAAUAGAGAUGGAUCGGUCACUUGUAAUUGCGGAAAGGUGUGCAAAAACCAACGCGGUCUACGCAUUCACCAAGGGAAGUCUGAUUGUCAACGUGUGAGAUCACAAGGGCAGCGCAUAGCCAGUUUGGCUAGUAAGACGCAGGAGUACUCCAGUCUGGAUUCAACCCACAGUACUGAAGAACUCUAUGUUCAGGAGACCUCACAGGAUGUCUUUCGAAAUCCUGAGGAGGAUGAUGACCCCCUUUUAGAGCUCUUACAGACUCAAAGCAGCCCGGAAGCAAGCAAAGUGACUGAUCCGGAUAGACCACAGCAAGACACUGCCACUAGAACCAGGAGACCAAGGAUUAAGUGGCCCAAGGCUUCAGACAAGACAUCAUGGACCCAACUGGACGAGGACCUAGAGAACAUCCUCGAAGCAUCCAUGCAAGGACCAGUAGACCGGAAGCUGACCACCCUCACAACCUUGAUAUAUUCAGUAGGAAAGGAGAGGUUUGGACUAGAAGAGGAACCUCAGAGACCAAACAGGCGGCAAGUUCGUAUCCAGAACUUUAGACGUGAACUCAAGCAGCUGAAACGAAGGUACUGUGCUAGUUCACCCACAGAGAGGAUUGGACUUGCACAGCUUAGAGAUACAGUUCGGACACAGCUGACAUCAUUACGGAAAGCAGAAAACAGCAGAAGAAAGACACGGAAACAGGCAAAGAAGAGGGCGGCUUUCACAGCCAACCCAUACAAGUUCGCAAGAUCCCUCCUCGACAAAGAAAGGUCAGGAAAGUUGGAAACUUCACUAGAGGAAAUAGAGAACUUCCUUCAUGUGACCCAUUCUGACCCCAAUCGAGAGGACGUGCUAGGGGACUGUGACAGAAUAGAUCCAGCGGAGGAACAGCUGAAUGCGGCGGAACCUACGCCUGGCGAGGUGAAAGAAGCUCGUUUAUGGAGGCUCCUCAAAGUAGUCUGGAGGAAGGGGGAUGUACCAGAGGCUUGGAAGGAGGCCGAGGGGAUAUUUACACCGAAGGAACGCAAUUCCAAGACGGUCAACCAGUUCCGAACGAUCUCGUUGCUCAACGUUGAGGGAAAAAUAUUCUUUGCCAUCCUUGCAAGAAGACUCACAUCUUUCCUGGCAGGCAACGCAUACAUCAACACCUCGGUCCAGAAGGGAGGAGUUCCCGGUUUCUCCGGCUGCAUAGAGCACACCAGUGCUACCACACAGCUAAUAAGUGAGGCAAAGAAAGGGAGGAAGGAUCUCACUGUAGUUUGGCUCGAUUUGGCCAACGCAUACUGGUCCAUUCCACACCAGCUCAUCUAUACAGCCCUACGACACUACCAUGUGGACGGCCACAUUCAGAAAAUCAUCACCAGUUACCUGGAUGGAAUCAAGCUCCGGUUUACUGUUGGUGACCAGCUAACCAGAUGGCAGAAGUUGGAGAAGGGAAUCGUUACCGGCUGCACAGUUUCCGUGGUGCUCUUCAUCAUGGGGAUGAACCUGCUGAUAAAUGCUGUCCAACGUGAGACACGUGGACCAAAGACAGAGUCAGGAAUCUAUCUCCCAUCUAGCAGAGGCUUCAUGGAUGACCUCACAUUGACGACAACGACACACGUCCAAGCUAGAUGGAUGUUGACAGCCCUUACGGAUGUCGCUUCAUGGGGAAGAAUGAAGUUCAAAGCAGCAAAAUCCAGAUCUCUUGUCAUAAAGAAAGGACAGACAACAGAGAGGUUCAAACUCUACGUACAGAACGAAGAGAUUCCUUCCAUAGUGACAAGUCCAAUAAAAUGCCUGGGCAAGUUUGAUGCAAGCAAGAUCGCGACAAUGUCAAGAACGUAA